AUGGCAAUCACACGCUGAUUUUUUUCAACCAAUCAUAAAGACAUUGGCACCCUUUAUUUAGUAUUUGGUGCUUGAGCCGGAAUAGUAGGAACAGCCUUAAGCCUUCUGAUCCGAGCCGAACUCAGCCAACCUGGGGCCCUCCUGGGGGAUGAUCAAAUUUAUAAUGUAAUCGUUACAGCUCAUGCCUUUGUAAUAAUCUUUUUUAUAGUCAUACCAAUCAUAAUCGGAGGCUUCGGUAAUUGAUUAGUCCCAUUAAUAAUUGGCGCUCCUGACAUAGCUUUUCCCCGAAUAAAUAAUAUAAGCUUCUGACUUUUACCACCCUCAUUUCUCCUCCUCCUAUCAUCCUCCGGGGUGGAAGCAGGAGCCGGUACAGGAUGAACUGUUUAUCCCCCUCUUGCAAGCAAUUUAGCCCACGCUGGACCAUCCGUGGAUUUAACUAUUUUUUCACUUCACCUGGCGGGUAUUUCUUCCAUUUUAGGAGCAAUUAACUUCAUCACCACUAUUAUUAACAUAAAACCCCCUGCAGCAUCUCAAUAUCAAACACCUUUAUUUGUAUGAUCUGUAAUAAUCACAGCCGUUCUCCUGCUUCUCUCCCUCCCAGUUCUCGCUGCAGGUAUUACAAUACUUCUUACAGACCGGAAUCUAAACACCACCUUCUUCGACCCUGCGGGGGGUGGUGACCCAAUUCUUUACCAACAUUUAUUUUGAUUCUUUGGCCACCCAGAAGUUUACAUUUUAAUUCUACCAGGCUUUGGGAUAAUUUCACACAUUGUAGCCUACUAUUCUGGAAAAAAAGAACCUUUUGGAUAUAUAGGAAUAGUAUGAGCUAUAAUGGCCAUCGGACUUCUAGGCUUUAUUGUAUGAGCCCAUCACAUAUUUACAGUUGGAAUAGAUGUCGACACCCGAGCCUACUUUACAUCAGCCACAAUAAUUAUUGCUAUUCCCACCGGAGUUAAAGUUUUUAGCUGAUUAGCAACUCUUCAUGGAGGAGCCCUUAAAUGGGAGACCCCACUCCUAUGAGCCCUAGGCUUUAUCUUUUUAUUCACUGUGGGGGGACUUACAGGAAUUGUUCUAGCAAAUUCAUCUCUAGACAUUGUCCUUCAUGAUACCUACUACGUAGUAGCCCACUUCCACUAUGUUCUCUCAAUAGGAGCCGUCUUUGCCAUUGUUGCAGGAUUUGUUCACUGAUUCCCGCUAUUCUCAGGUUACACACUUCACAGCACCUGAACAAAAAUUCACUUCGGAAUUAUAUUUGCUGGAGUUAAUCUCACCUUUUUUCCCCAACACUUCCUUGGACUCGCAGGCAUGCCUCGACGAUAUUCUGAUUACCCAGACGCCUACACACUUUGAAAUACAAUCUCUUCAAUUGGAUCCCUAAUCUCCCUCGUAGCAGUAAUUCUGUUUCUAUUUAUUAUUUGAGAAGCUUUCGCAGCAAAACGUGAAGUACUUUCAGUGCACCUAACCUCAACCAACGUUGAAUGACUUCACGGAUGCCCACCCCCUUACCACACAUUUGAAGAACCUGCAUUUGUUCAAGUACAACAUCACAAUAAAUAA